AUGAAAACAUCCUCUCUAAAGAAAGAAUCAGAACAAUCUCAGGCUUAUGAUGCUGAUCAGCUGCUUGAAGAUAUCGAUGAUGCAGCAAAAGAUGAACAGACAAUAGGUGCUAGCACUAAGCAAUACGAUGGUGGAGAAAGUGACCAAGAAGCUCAACUUAAGAAACACCAAGAAGAUGCUCCUGAAAGAGUCCCUUGGUUCAGCUUUUACAAACUUUGGCUUUACACAGGUCCUGGAUGGCUGAUGUCUAUAGCUUACUUAGAUCCUGGAAACAUUGAGGGAGACUUACUUGCAGGCACUCAUGGAGGAUAUGGACUCAUAUGGACAUUGUUCCUUGCCACAUUCUGAGGUCUUAUCAUCCAAAUACUCAGUGCAAGAGUUGGGGUAGUAACAGGAAGAGAUCUAGCUGUACUAUGUAGAGAACAGUUCUCCAAACCAAUGAGAUACACUCUUUGGGUGAUGGCUGAGAUAGCUAUCAUUGGUAGUGAUAUCCAAGAAGUCAUUGGGACUGCCAUAGCAUUCAAGAUUCUGUUUGGAUUCCCCAUUUGGGUUGGAUCCAUUAUCACAAUUCUGGAUACAUUCACUUUCCUGUUCAUCCAUGCUUGUGGAGUCAGGAAGCUAGAGGCAGUAUUUGCUGUCCUUGUUGGAACAAUGGCUAUAUGCUUCUGGUGUAAUAUGUUUAUUGUCUUGCCCGACGCAGGCGAUGUCAUGGGAGGAUUUGUCCCACAGUUACCUGAAGACUCUACUGGGGAGAUGAUUGGCCUGAUCGGAGCUGUGAUCAUGCCUCAUAAUUUAUUCCUUCAUUCGGCUCUUGUUCAAUCAAGGAAAAUUAACAGACAUAAUGAUGCUAAAGUAAAGGAGGCUAACAAAUAUUUCUCAAUUGAAGCUGGAUUUUCUCUAUUCAUCUCCUUCUUGAUUAACUUGGCUGUAAUCUCAACUUUUGCCUACUACCAUCUGCAGACUGGAUCAGAUGACAUUGUGUUAAACAAUGCUCACUUUGCCCUACAAGAUAGUUUUGGUACCAAUGCUAAAUAUAUCUGGGCAAUUGGGCUUAUGGCAGCUGGGCAAUCAUCCACAAUGACUGGGACUUAUGCUGGCCAAUUUGUGAUGCAAGGAUUCAUCAAUCUCCAUGUUCCCACAUACGUCAGAGUCUUCAUCACUAGAGCUAUUGCUAUUGUACCUGCCAUCAUCUUUGCAUUUAUCAAGUACACUGACAACUUGGAUGGCUUCUUGAAUAUUUUGCAGGCAAUCCAGCUUCCAUUUGCCCUGAUUCCUCUUCUCAAGUUUUCUGCUAGUCCGAAAAUUAUGAAAGGAUACAAGAACCAUAUGUUCUGGAACUUAUUCUGAAUCCUAGUAGCCCUCGUCCUUAUGGGACUUAACGUAUAUGGACUCGUUCCUUCAACCAAAAAUCCAUGGAUCAUUGUUGGGACCACAAUAGGAUUCCUGGUCUACUUUGGCAUAAUUAUUGCAGUUCUACUUGCUCCAGUCAAGGAACUUGCUCCUCUCCAGACAGAAAUUGAAGGAAGCAGGACCUUCUCAGAGCUCGAAGAGGAAGACGAGAUUCUAAGUGAAGAUGGUAAAACUUUGAAGAAAGCACUGCUGAAUAACUCUUCAAAUAUUGCAGAGAGUUCAUCACUAUAGUUCAAACUUGAGAUAAC